AUGAGCGACAACUUAGAGAAAUUUUCGACCGUUGAUCUGUUGAAUGAAUUGAAAAGAAGAUACUCCUGUUUAAGUAAACCGGAUGGAAGGUACAUCUUUUUGGGAGCCCCCGGUUCGGGAAAGGGAACGCAAUCGCUAAACCUGAAGAAGUCGCACUGCUACUGCCAUUUGUCUACUGGAGACCUCCUAAGAGAAGCAGCGGAAAAGAAAAACGAUUUAGGAAAUAAAAUCCGAAACAUUAUCAAUGAAGGAAAGCUGGUGGAUGAUGACGUGGUGCUAACUUUGGUGGACGAUAAGUUAAAAUCUCCCCAAUGUAAAAAGGGAUUUAUCCUUGAUGGUUACCCAAGAAAUGUGAAACAAGCGGAAGAUUUAAAUAAGUUGUUACAAACGAAUCAAAUGAAACUGAAUGGAGUUUUUUACUUUAACGUCCCAGACGAUGUACUAGUCAAGCGGAUAAGUGGCCGAUUAAUUCACAAACCGUCGGGAAGAAUUUACCAUAAAAUUUUUAAUCCUCCAAAAACCCCUUUUAAGGAUGACAUAACGAAUGAGCCCCUAAUACAGAGGGAAGACGAUAACGAAGAAGUUUUAAAAAAAAGGCUCAACGUUUUUAAAAGUGAAACAACUCCUUUAAUCAAUUAUUAUAAAAACAAAAAUUUAUUAAUCAAUUUGGACGCAACACAGCCUGCAAAUGACCUCGAAAAAAAGAUAUCCCAGCAUAUAGGUGGAUAA